GAUUCAUGUGACCUGUUCACUAAUGCUUCAGUCUCUCUCUCUCUCUCUCUCCUGCUUUUUCAACCAUUUCAACCACCAAAUACCUCGCAAAGAUUGGAAUUUUUUACUCUAUUUCUAUAUUGAAAAAGCAUAUAACUUUUAUAGUCUCCAAAGUUUUCUUGGAUAGUUUUCUGAUGUUAGGAUGGCUUCAAGAUUCAUCAAGUGUGUAACCGUUGGUGAUGGGGCUGUUGGCAAGACUUGUAUGCUCAUUUGCUACACCAGUAACAAGUUCCCCACAGACUAUGUACCAACAGUGUUUGAUAACUUCAGUGCAAAUGUGGUAGUUGAAGGAACUACAGUUAACUUAGGGCUUUGGGACACAGCCGGUCAAGAAGAUUACAACAGAUUAAGGCCUUUGAGCUACAGAGGAGCAGAUGUGUUUGUCUUAGCGUUUUCAUUAGUUAGUCGGGCAAGCUAUGAGAAUAUAGUUAAAAAGUGGAUCCCUGAACUUCAGCAUUUUGCUCCUGGGAUCCCGGUGGUACUAGUUGGCACCAAAUUAGACCUUCGCGAGGAUAAGCACUACUUAGCUGAUCAUCCGGGAUUAGUUCCUGUGACCACUGCACAGGGAGAGGAGCUCCGUAAACAAAUUGGUGCCGCUUACUAUAUUGAAUGCAGCUCUAAAACUCAACAGAAUGUAAAAGCAGUUUUUGAUGCUGCUAUCCGGGUAGUUAUCAAGCCACCACAAAAACAAAGGGAGAAGAAAAAGCCUCGUCCAGGAUGCUUUGCAAAUCUCUUCUGUGGGAGAAGAAUAACCCGCUCAGAAUGAGGAAUGUUUUCAAAUGCUCCUUGUUCAGUAUCUCGACUACUUAAGAAGAUAGACUAAUUGAUCUUCCCGACCCAGAAAAGUUGUAUAUUUCAUGAUGUUUGACAUACUAGUAUCAUGCUCUAUUACUUUUCUUUUAAUACAAAGAUUUGGGUUUAGCCGUACAUUAUUUGUCCAAGGUGCAAGGAUUUCAGGAAGAUCAAUUUAUUUGAAUUUCAGGUUGUUUCUUUUGA